AAAGGGUCAGGCUUGCUGGCGAGAGCCGGUGUGCGAGCGGCGUGCUCUCCAGCGCCGGCUUUUACGCGCUAAAGGCAAGAGGGGAGGAGAAAGGCAGUUUCAUCAUCGCUUCAAUGAGCGGAGCGGGCUUAUAAAAACGCUCCGCUCGGGCACCGUCGCUUGGCUGCCUUUCCAUUCUAGCGCCUGGGAAGGUGGGGAAGCGAGGCAGGCACCUGACCGAGGCAGUCCGUGGAGCUGGAAGCUCCCGCUUCACACGCGCUUGGACCCCGGAGGAACUGCUUGAGACUGCUCGGAGCCCACCAUGGGAGUUCAGCCCGAAAACGGCAAAGCGCCCAGAAUCGGCAACAGCCGACACGGUUUCAGCACCUGCUUCGGGAUCGACGUCUGCCAAAUGAAGGUAUUUGUGUUCUGCCAUGGCCUGCUACAGCUGUCUCAGCUCCUCUACAGUGCAUACUUCAAGAGCUCUCUGACGACCAUUGAGAAACGCUUUGGCCUUUCCAGUUUCUCCUCCGGCUUCCUCUCCAGUUUGCAUGAGAUUGGCAAUGUCAUCCUCAUCAUCUUUGUCAGCUACUUUGGGAAUCGAGUUCACCGGCCUAGGGUAAUAGGUCUUGGAGGCCUGCUGAUGGCAGUGGGAGCCUUGCUUCUGACCUUCCCGCAUUUCAUCUCACCCCUAUAUGAAUACUCUGCAGUACAUGUUGAUAAGAACAGCAGCAUCACAUCUGAGAUCUGCCUUGGAAAGAAUGAACGCCCAGACAUCACCGAGCAUGUCCAGCCAGAACAAAGUUCGUUGUGGGGACUAAUGGUUUUUGCCCAGCUGUUGGCAGGAAUUGGAACUGUCCCAAUUCAGCCUUUUGGAAUCUCCUAUGUGGAUGAUUUUGCAGAGCCAAAUAACUCUGCUUUGUAUAUAGCAAUUUUAUUUGCCAUAUCCGUGUUUGGCCCUGCAUUUGGAUAUCUCCUUGGCUCAGCAGCAUUGCAGAUCUAUGUGGACACUGGGAGAGUUGACCUGAGUACUAUAGACUUGCAUCCUGAUGACCAGCGCUGGAUUGGUGCAUGGUGGUUUGGACUCCUCAUUUCCUCAGGUUGCUUGGUGCUCACAUCCAUUCCCUAUUUCUUCUUCCCUCGGUAUAUGAUCAAAGGGAGGGUAGAAUCUGAAGUGGACAUCUUGAAGAAGAUUGAGAAAGCAAAGGCCGAAGAAGGAACUCUGUGGGAAUUUAUUAAAAAGUUCCCUCGAGGCAUCCUCUCACUGAUUCUCAAUCCACUCUUCAUAUUGCUGGUUGUAGCUCAGUGCAGCUUCUCCUCAGUCAUUGCUGGCCUCUCUACCUUUCUCAACAAAUACCUGGAGAAACAGUUUGGAACCAGUCCUUCCUAUGCAAACUUUCUCAUAGGAAUCAUCAACCUGCCUGCUGCUGCUUUAGGAAUGCUGUUUGGAGGCAUCCUCAUGAAGCAUUUUGGCUUCUCCCUGAAAACCAUCCCAAGGUUCUCCACAGUUGUGCUGCUCAUCUCCACGCUUUCCUGCCUUCCUCUCUUCUUUAUGGGCUGUUCCACAAAGAUGGUGGCUGAAAUUUAUCCACCCAGAACAUCAAGUCCCUCACUGCAGGUUGAGUGCAACAAACUGUGCUUCUGCCCUGACUCUAUCUUCUACCCCAUCUGUGGAGCUGAUGGUGUGGAAUACAUCUCUCCCUGCCAUGCAGGCUGUACUAGCUUCAUCACAGGUGAUUCUUCAAGCAUGGUUAAGUUGUACACGAACUGCUCCUGUAUCCACACAGCAUCUGGAGACUCUUCGGCGAAUGUAGAAUCUUGCCCGAUUAGCUGUGCCAAUUGGCUGCUUCCUGUUAUAUUCCUCAUCUCAUUUGCUGGACUGAUAGCUUGCCUUUGCCAAAACCCUAUCUACAUGAUGGUGUUACGAGUGGUGGGCUAUGAAGAAAAGUCCUUUGCCAUUGGAGUUCAGUUCUUAUUGAUGAGAUUACUAGCUUGGUUGCCAGCUCCUGCCCUCUUUGGCUUACUCAUUGAUUCUUCGUGCAUCUGGUGGAGACAACAGAAUGGCAAGACUGGAUCCUGCAUUUACUAUGAUAACAACUUCCUGCGCAGCAGGUACUUGGGUCUCCAGGUAGGCUACAAACUUCUUGGUAUUGUGGUGUUGACCUUAAUCAGCUGGAAGAUGACCAAGAACAAGGAAUACAAUGUGCAAGACAAAGCCGGUGGGCUAGUAUAGUUCUGCAUUACAAGGACACUUCUAGAGCAUCAUUUUAUGCCUUGAGCAAUAUUUUGUACCUUGCCUGUAUUUACUUAACAGCCUUUGUGGCCUUUUUACAUUAAGGGGACAACAUAUUCACAGCUGAACUUUAAAUUCUUGCAUAUAGGCUCCAGCUAUGUGCAGUCCAGUGAAAUGAACAUCCUGAUGCCAGUAAAUGGAGCCAUAAGCUAGACUCCCCAUGGCCAAGGCCUGUCCAAAAGGAAAGUAAAUGUUAAAGAGCCAGUGCAGCCCCCUGUUAUUUCUGGGAGGUCUCAGUAGAAAAUAUACAUGGGUCUUGGACAGGGACACCCAGCAAAGGCCAUUGUGUAGCUGUGCUUAUAUUCUACGGUCUACCUGACAUGCCCAAGAGUGGACGUUUCUUUUGAUCUCCUAAACACGUAGGUCAGACAGUUGGAAGAAAGCCAACCUGGACUCUUGGAAAACAUUAGAAAGAUAGGAAUGGCAAAUGAAAGCUGUUACAGAGAGCAUAGUUUCUUAGAAGCCCUUUUGAGAGAAGGAUGCAGUCUUGUACUGACUGUGUUGUGUUGUGCCAAGGUGAAGGGGGUGGCGUGGCAGUAUUGCUUGUUGGAGCAGCAACAGUUCUUGGUUUCUAUCAUCUCUUUCAUAUCACUUUCCUUUUCUCCCUCCUCUUCCCCUCACACCCCCAUUACACAGGUCAGAGUGAAUAUAAACUUCACUCGCUGUUUAAAGUUAUUGUUAUGAAAUAUUGAAUUUUUAAAUAAAAGCAACUUUUUUCCAAUU